UGCAUUUGGUUGAAAAUGAACAGAAAUGAUUUAGUAAUCUACUUAGUGGGCUCGCUAACUAUAGCCGCUUACCUGUACGACAACUUAAAGUCCUUGUUCAGUAUCAUCAAAGCAGUCCUGCUACCUUUGUUCCACCCACAAUUGCCAAAGACUUUGGUGGAAAAAUACGGACAAUGGGCCGUGGUAACUGGUGCCACCGAUGGCAUUGGAAAGGAAUAUGCCAGAGAGCUGGCUCGUCAGGGUCUCAACCUGGUACUCAUCUCGAGGACGAAGGAGAAGCUGAUUGCCGUCACCAAUGAGAUUGAGAGCCAGUACAAAGUGAAGAUCAAGUGGAUUGUUGCAGAUUUCGCCAAGGGACGCGAGGUGUACGAACACAUUGAAAAGGAACUGGCGGGAAUUGAGGUUUCGAUUUUGGUUAACAACGUGGGCAUGAUCCACGAACCCGAGACCCUGGAUCGGGUGUCGGAGGAUCUGCUGUGGGACCUGCUCACCGUCAACAUGGCAUCCGUUACCAUGCUCACCCGCAAGAUCCUGCCCCAGAUGAUUGGUCGUCGAAAGGGGGCCAUUGUGAACCUGGGAUCCUCCUCGGAACUGCAGCCCCUGCCCAACCUGACCGUCUAUGCCGCCAGCAAGAAGUUCAUGACCUUCUUCUCCAAGGCUUUGGAGGCGGAGGUGGCCGAGCACAAUAUCCACGUGCAGCUGGUGAUGCCCGGCUUUGUGCGCACCAAUAUGACUGCCUAUGCCGACCAUGUGCUGCACGGAGGACUGCUUUUCCCCAACGCCUAUACCUAUGCCCGAUCCGCCGUCUUUACACUGGGAAAAACGAGCGAGACGAACGGGUUCUGGACACAUGCGGUUCAGUACGCCCUCAUGAAGUUGGCCCCCGAACCGGUACGCACAUUCUUCGCCCAUAGGCUUUUCAACCGACUGAGACUCGUGAGCCUUGAGGGAAAGCAAAAGAAACUGAACCUAUUGUAACUUGUUAACUCCCAUGUUAUGUAAAUAAGGCUUAAACUUUAAACUAGAAAAAUAAAUUUUUAUGUAAAAAGCCAUAAA